ACCAGUCGUACGUAGGUUUUGUCAUUUUGAAUAUUUUACUAAUCUGUUUAUCAAUUUUACAACGACAAUACGUUUCAGUUACGACUUAUGUAACCUUCGCUAACCAACUUUGAUCACAUAAUUUCUCUGGAGCCGCGAUGAAAAUAUGUCCAUGAAUUACUCCACCUAUCAAACGCCCGGAAGAUAACGCUUCGGCGUUAGUUGACGUCGAGAAUUCGAGCAACAACCGUCUUCGAGCGAGUCGACAAAUUAUUUCGUCAUUUAACAAGCAGAGGCCAGUAUGGCACUCAUUCACAUCGUCGGUGGUGUAAUUUUACUUGCGUCGAUCUAUUAUUAUUACCUUACGAAAAAUUACAAACACUGGGAGAAAAAAUGCGUACCGCAUAUGAAAAAUACAUUGCCAGGUUUCGGAAAUAUGGCAUCGAUGAUAUUAUUGAAGUCGAACGUGUACCAAACAUUCGAGGAGAUAUACAAGAAAUGGUCCGGGCAUAGCAUGGUGGGCUUUUAUUUCGGCAGACAGCCGGGUUUAUUAGUGAGGGAUCCAGAACUGGUGAAGUGCGUUCUACAAACACAAUUUCCAAGUUUCAGUUCAAACGGUGCUUUUUUUGACCCUACCGUCGAUCGUUUACUGUCGAGAAAUCCGUUCAUCCUCGAGGGCGAACCCUGGAAAGUUGCGCGACACCAAUUAUCCUCCGCCUAUACUUCGGGAAAACUGAAAUACAUGUACGGUACCAUCAGGGAUGUUCUUGGAAAUUUUUUGGAAUACUUACAGGGCAAAGUUGACAAGGGAUUCGGCGAGGCUGAGGUUGAAUUGAAGGAUAUCUUUUCGAGAUUCACCGCAGAAACUGUAGCUCGGGCCGGACUUGGAAUCGACGGAGACGCCUUCAACGACAAAAAGGAUGGUAUAUUCAUCGAUAUUGGCAAACAAUUAUUCGAUCCUACUUUUUUCAAAGGAUUCAAAACUAUCGUUACAUUUUUCGCACCUUUCCUGACGCGUUUAUUCGGCGCAUCUUUCAUACCGCGCAAGAUAGAGGACUUUUUCAUCGACACCGUAAAGAAUAUAAUCAAAUACAGAGCCGAAAACAACGAGGAGCGAUCCGAUUUCUUGCAAUUGAUGAUAAAUUUGAAAAAAUCCGGAGCAAAAGAUUUCGCGUUCGGUAGGGACUUUGACGACGAAACGAUCACGUCGCACGCAUCGUCUUUCUUCAUAGAGGGCUAUGAAACUUCCAGUAUCACCGCGUCUUUCGUUGUUUAUCAAUUGGCGCGCCACCCGGAUAUUCAACAACGGUUACGCGACGAAAUUCUGAGCAUCGUGCAAACGCACGGUGGAAAUAUGACUUACGAGGCUCUCCAAGAGAUGAAAUACUUGGAACAAGUAAUUCAAGAAUCGAUGAGACUGGUUCCCCCGGGUGGGACGAUGAUCAAAGUUUGUACGAAUAAAGCCGAGCUCACGGGAUGCGAUGGAGUGAAAUGUGAAGUUGAACCCGGAACGAUGGUGAUGAUAUCCGUCGCCGGAAUCCACAAAGAUCCGGAGUACUGGCCGGACCCAGAAAUAUUUGACCCCGAACGUUUCACCGAGGAAAACCAUCGGGCCAGACGUCGGUUCACCUAUUUGCCUUUCGGAGAAGGUCCGCGAGUUUGCAUCGGUACCAGAAUGGCCAUGAUGUUGGUUAAAUCGGUGAUUGCCGAACUGAUACGCAAUUACGAUAUCACACUUUCGCCAAAAACUCAAAUGCCAAUAAAACUGAAUCCUCAUCAUUUUAUGCCGGCUCCUGUCGGUGGAUUGUGGAUGAAACUUAAACCUAUCGGGAAGACAAAUUCGGAUUAAGAGGAUUUGAUAUUGGGAAAAUAAUGAAUAUAAUACGAUGUGAAUUCUCGAUUACGACGAGAAUCUCUUCUAUAAAUUUUAUCAGUACCGCGCGCACGAUUGAAAGAAUUGAGAUAUUUUGAUUGGUGGAUACUUGUGGUCUAAUUCAAUCGACGGAUUCGUAAAUUGAUAUAAAUUGUCACAGUUUUUUUUUUUCAUGUGGGUGGCCCUUGAAGUAUGUAAAAUUAUUAUUGUAGGCUCCAUGACGCAGUGCGAGGAAUCAGGGAAUAGAUUAAGUUAGGUAAUAAAUGUAUUUGCUUCAAUUGUAAGCAUUCAGGAAAUAAACGCGCAAUAGAGGAAAUAUGCCAUUUGCAUUCUGAUACUGUACAGCUGUCAUUUUUAUGUUGAAUAAAACACCAUAUGCAGCUGAAAA